AGACAUAGCCUGGAAUUUUGCAACUCAUUAGGAGGGGCCACACUGGCUACUCCGGUGAAUGCUGAGCAUUACGAGUGUAUUCGCCACAUUAAACCACCGACCAAAGCAAUAUGGACUGGUAUUUACUCGCGGACGUAUACUACCCAAACUUGGAUAAGUGUUGAAGAUGGCUCCGCUGUACCAUCCACUCAAUGGAAUGCUCAACAGCCCACCACAUCCCCUGCUAAACGUUGUGUCCAGAUGUUGGCUCAUAGCGUGUCUGGAGGUGGAAAAUGGGAGAACACGUUCUGUGACAUGCAACUGCCAGCUGUCUGCCAAAGACAAAAAGCUGGUUCUCAACCAUCAAUGAUGCCUCCAACUACUCCGGUGUCAUACGACAAGCUAAAACGGCGGGAAGCCAAUAAUGUGUGCCGUAAUAUUUCCGAAAACAAUAAUAGGAUUGAUAGUGAUUGCCGUUUCCAAGGCCUCAUUACAAUACCGAUCCGUCUGCCAAAGACUAUUAUACACCUGAAUCUCUCCCAUAACCACAUCUCCAGGUUCAAGCCGAAGAACUUGCAAAGAUUGGGAACAAGAUAUUUGGAAACAUUAGAUUUAUCCUACAACAACUUUGAAGUCCUGGAAGCUUAUCAAUUCAACUAUCUUGUCCGAAACAAGUUCAGACAAAGUAUCAGCGGUGCCAUAUAUUAUGACUUGCGCCUCAGCAACAACAACAUGAGGAUGAUUGACCCAAAUGCUUUCCGAGCAGACCGAACGGAUCAUCUGGUAUUAGAAAUGAGUGCCUUGUACCUCGACCACAACAAGCUCACUUCCUUACCUCCCCACAUGUUCGACGACGCUGAUCACGCCAUGAACAAAUUAGACGUCUCAUACAACAUGAUCAGCAACAUCAGGGGAGAUGAGAUACCCAGCAUUAGGUAUUUGGGCAUACGUAACGUAGACCUCUCUUUUAAUUUACUGAAAUCAGUACCCACGCUGAUGAUAACGGACAGAGUGGAACAUCUAAAUGUACUAAACCUGGAAGGGAAUCAGAUCAGCCUGAUACGCAACAAUGCUUUCGCAAGGGCCAGGAAGGUUUAUGAGUGGAGUUACCUCGAAAACUUAAACGUGGCUGGAAACUUCAUCACCAAAAUUGAGCCCAAAGCCUUCCAUGGUCGAGCUGCUGCCUUGCUCAAUCUAAACCUGACUCGAAAUCUCCUCACUUCCUUGCACGGUGUCCAGAAUCUCCACCUUCUGCGUCAUUUGGAUAUUUCAUACAACCGUAUGCAAGAAAUUCAACUUCCGUCGGACAUUGGAUUACACAAACUCAGGACAUUAAAUUUGAAGGGAAAUGUGAUCAAGGUUGUCCGGAAUGGUGACUUGGCCCACAUCAAUCACCUCUAUCAGGUAGAUCUGAGCGACAAUGUCAUUGACACCAUAGAGCCAUCGGCAUUCUACCACAUGCCUUCUUUGUCAAACCUGGACUUGAGCAACAACCAGAUCACAUCUCUUCCAGGCGAAAUGUUCCUCAGUGUGGGGUUUACCAGCAUCAAUGUCACACAAAUCAACCUCAAGGGUAAUCAGUUUGUUAGGAGUGCAUUCUGCAACUUGACAGUCCUGUUCGAGAGCCUAUCUCUUACCACGAAGACAAGCAGGGCUCAGUUGGUACCAACCUUCCUCAGUCGAAUUGAACCCGCGGACCUGCAGCUCAGGCUUACUAAGUACGCCAACGAUAAUAUUGAUGAUGGACAGGGGACAGAACGUACUAGUGUGUCAAUAGCUAAUGGAGUGAAGUGA